GGGUUUCAACCAAAAUCAUCUAUUUUACCUAAUUUCACAUGGUAUCUGAGCCUGGUUGGCUCAUCUAGGUCAUCACCCAUUCUAGUCCCGCAUUCUUGAUUCUCAGUAGCACAUACCAACAAUGUCUACUACUCCUAUUUCUGCUUCUCUUCUUCUGUUAACUCUAGCUCAUCUUCUGUUCCUUCUUCUAGCACAGUCACAAACCAUUCUACAUCAACCCUAAUGAAUCGUUGGUCUUCCCCAUCAAGCUUUCUGGGACAACUAAUUACAACUUGUGGAGCACGACUAUUCGAGUUGCUCUCAAGAGUACUUACAACUUGUGGAGCAGGACUAUUCCAGCCCCAGCUCCCACUAAUGAAGGCUAUGCAGCGUGGGAACAAAGCAACACAACUAUGUAUUUCAUGAUUUUGGGAUCCUUAGAUCCAAGCCUUGUUCAUAGUGUGUCUUCUCAGGACAAUGCAAGGUUACUUUGGGAAGACCUUAGACAACGAUUUAGGAAGGUAUACAACAUCAGGAUUACAGAUCUGCAAACAUCUCUCUAUACCGUCAAACCAGGUAACAUAUAUGUUAAUCAAUUUAUUCAGAUAUGAAAGGGUUUUGGGAAGAGCUGGUCUAGUUUUUACCUAUUUCUGAAUGUGCUUGUGGUGGAGAGAAUACAAACCAAACUAUGCCUUGUAUUACUGAAACCACAGUGAAGAAGUAUAGAGAAAAUGAGUUUGUUACUCGUUUCAUUACUGGUUUGAAUGAUGCUUACAGUGGAGUUAAAACAAAUUUGCUUAUGAUGCAACCUCUUCCCUCGAUGGAGACUACGUUCCACUAUGUUAUACAACAUGAGAGGCAGGUUGCUAAGCCUAACCUUGAGGCACAAGUAGAUUUAGUUGCAUUACUUGAUGCAAACCAAUCUAAAGGAAAGAAGAAUGCCAAAGUAUGCCUUUUCUGUAGAUAUUGCAAGAAGGAUAAUCAUGUUAUAGCUGAUUGUUAUAAACUUAAGAGAAAGAACAAGGAACAAGGAGGGAUCUCUGGGUUUGCUAGACAGGUUCAAGGGGUUGACAGUUCUGGAUAUGAGAUUUUAUCUAAGCCUGAAACAAGAAAUGCAUCAGAGAGUGGUGACAACUUUACCAAUAUCAGGCUGUCCAAUGAUGAUCUCAGUCGCUUGCAGAAGCUCCUUAAUCAGUUCAGCCCUCCAGCCUCUCCUACAUCACCUGUUUCACCAGCACCAACACCUAACUCCAUCAAUCAACAACAGUCAUCGAUGGUGAACUCAGUUAGCAGGCACCUGUCUGUUAAUCCAAAUUCCUCAGGUAAAUACACUCUAUCAACAUACUUUCUAAAGCACCCAAUGGAGUUUUCCAGUGUGUGAUUUUUAGAUACAGGGGCAACAGAUCAUGUGACUUGUUGCCUGUCCAAUUACAUAAAACAUGUCCCCAUCAAGAAUGUCUCCAUUACCUUACCUAAUGGUUCUAAAACACCAGCAACUCAUUCUGGUAGUGUUAGGUUUGAUUCUGGUUUAGUCAUCCAUGAGGUGCUAUUUGUUCCUACCUUCUCUUUCAACCUUAUAUUUGUUAGCAAGCUAACUAAGUCUAUACUAGUUUCACUUACCGUUGAAUCCAACCUUUGUCAUAUCCAGGACCUUCAAUCCAUGAGGAGGAUUGGUUUUGCCCGAGAUACUAGCUAACUAAGUCCUACUAGUAUUUCCUUACCAUUGUUGAUGACAAAUCUAGGUGUGUUUGGGUUUACCUCAUGAAACAUAAGAGUGAAGCUAGAAAUUUACUAAGGGAUUACUGUAUCAUGAUUAAGGCACAGUAUGGAAAACAAAUUCAAAUUGUUAGAUCAGACCAAGGGGCAGAGUUCCAUAUUCCUCAUUUUUACUCCCAAUAUGGCAUCACACACCAGAUGUCAUUUGAAACACCACAAAAAAAUGCAGAGUUAAGAGAAAGCACCAACACAUCUUAAAUGUAGCUAGGGAUUUGAAAUUCCAAUCUGGCUUGCCUGUUUACUUUCAUUUCUGUUUCCUGUUUUUGAGAAAACAGAUGUUGAAAACAGGUGAAAACAAUAUUUUUUUGUUUCCGAAAACAGCAGGAAUUUGCCACUUUCUGUUUUCAUAGUUGGAAACGAGUAGAAAACAGAAUGAAAAGUAAACAAGUUUUCUCGUUUCGGUUGCCAAAUUUAUGACAUGAAAAUAGAAAACAGGAAACGAAAAUGGAAGUGAACAUGGCCAAAAGUUUUGGUCUGAUUUUGUUCUCCGUGUUGUCUUUCUCAUAAACAGGCUACCUACUGUUGCUCUUGAUAACAAAACCCCCUAUGAGUUACUAUAUGGUUCACCACCUAAUUUUUCCAACCUUAGAGUGUUUGGGUGCCUUGGUUAUGCUAGUACUUUGAUGCAUAAGAGAACAAAAUUUUCACCUAGAUCCAAACCUUGUGUCUUUCUUGGUUUUCCACCAGGCAUUAAGAGUUACAAAUGCUAUUACUCCAAUUGCAAUUCCCGAGGUUGAAGAGAGAGACACGAAGUAGCUCUUGUAUGACCUUACUGUCCAGAAGGUCAUAUUUUCAAGACAUGUGGUGUUCCAUGAACACAUUAUCCCUUGCCUACAAAAUCAAACAGUUUCAGCACCUGUUCCUACUACUUCUGAGGGCAACCUUCCACCAUCAACCUCAGAUUCAUCCUUCUUUCCACCAACAAAUCCUAUAGUUACUCCUAUCCCUCUCCAAUUACCACCUGACCAAGAGCCUUUAGAGGCUUAUUCUCACAAAUCUUACCUACUCCUACACCUACCACACAUUCUACAGCUUCCCCAUCUCCUCCUAAUGCUAAUACAAGAUCCACUUCUCCUGCAAACCAUUCCUCUCCUUCUUCUUCCUCGCCUUCAGACCUGCACUCCUCUCCCUCACAAACUUUACCUAUAGCCCUAAGACAGCAACCACAACAUGUUUCACGUCAAAUAUGAUGACUAUGUACAUAAUUUGAAAACUAACACUGGUAAACACACCUAUCUAUUGGUUGCUUGUCUUUCCUCUGAUUAAUUAUCAUUGGGAUAUAGAAAGUAUGUUUUUGCUAUGGAUUCACAUUGGAUACCAAAUUCUUUUGAGGAAGCCAUGCAAGAUAUAAAAUGGAGGAAUGCCAUGGUUUUGGAGAUCAAUGCUCUAUUGGCUAACAAAACUUGGGAUGUUGU